UGGGGGCUGUAUCCAUGGUGGGGGGGCUCAGUUGUGGGGUCCUACGGUGUCUGGGCCACCCCCCCUGCAUGUCCAGGGAAUGGAGCGAACAGAGCACGAAGGCUUCGGUGGGGGCAACACGGCCUGGGAGGAGGAGAAGCUGGCCAAGUACAAGCACAGUGAGACACGGCUGCUGGAGGUACUGGAGAGCGUGUGCCCCCCCCAGGACUUUGCCUGCCACCAGCUGCUGGAGCGCAGCGAGGAGCAUGUGGAGCAAUGGUGGUUCCAUGAGCGACAGCAGCACCCCGACUUCUUCCAGUGGCUGUGCAUGGAGCGCCUGGCGCUGUGCUGCCCACCCGGCACCUAUGGCCCCGACUGCCUGCCCUGUGCCGGUGGCCCCCAGCAGCCCUGCAGUGGCAACGGGCGCUGUGAUGGAGAAGGGACGCGGGGUGGCACCGGGCUGUGCGUCUGCAGCCCUGGCUAUGGCGGUCCUUUCUGUGCCGAGUGCGGAGAUGGCUACUAUGAGGCAUCACGCAACCAGAGCCAGCUGCUGUGUGCCGAGUGCUACCCGGCCUGCGGGCGCUGCACGGGACCAGAGGACUCCAGCUGCCUACGAUGCAAGAGGGGCUGGGUGCUGCACGAGCACCGCUGCAUCGAUAUUGAUGAGUGCGGCACGGAAAUGGCACACUGCAGGGCCAACCAGUUUUGCGUCAACACUGAGGGCUCCUACGAGUGCCGAGAUUGCUCUACUGCCUGCAUCGGCUGCAUGGGCGCAGGGCCGGCGCGUUGCAAGAAGUGCAACAAGGGCUACCGACGGGAUGGGGCCAAGUGCCUGGACGUGGAUGAGUGCGCCAGCAGCGAGGAGCCCAUCUGCACGGGGCUGCAGGAGGUGUGCGAGAACACGGAGGGCGGCUAUCGCUGCGUCUGCGCCCCAGGCCACGUGCGCAGGGAUGGGCAGUGUGUGGAGGACAAACCCCCUGGUAUGGCAUGGAUUUGGGGAGGGGGGCACGGAGGGAUGCUCUCACCCACCACUGUCAUCCUUGCAGACGCCCCGGAGAAGGGAUUCUUUGACGACGUGACGGAUGAUGAGGUGGUGGUGCUGCAGCAGAUGUUUUUCGGGGUGAUGAUCUGCGCCCUGGCCACGCUGGCUGCCAAGGGUGACAUGGUGUUCACUGCCAUCUUCAUCGGUGCUGUGGCCGCCAUGGCCGGCUAUUGGCUGUCUGACCGCAGCGACCGCGUCCUGGAUGGCUUCAUGAAGGGCAGAUAGCUGUGGGUGGGGGGUUGUGCGUGGGGCCCUGCAUGUACCCCCCCACUGGUAAGAGUAGGGACCUCGUCCUCCCCGCCUUGUCCUAUGCAGAAGUGGGGUCCUACAGGCGCAGUGCUGCUGGGGGGGCACAGCAUGCUGCCCCCCACCUCUCGCGUGUUGGGGCACUCUGCCAUAGGGAUUGGGGUCCCCCCUCCUAGCACAGCACGGAGGACAGGGAGAGGAGAAGGGGGGGCAGGGUCCCCCCACCCCAAGCUCAGCUCCCCAUCCCUAAAUCCCCUUCCUCGUGUUCCCAGGGUAGAGCCCUUGCGCCUCCUCUCCCCAGCCCCUGUGUCCCCAGACAGGGCGAGUGUGGGUGGGAAGGUUGGGGGGUGGCAGUGGCCCUCAGCCCAACGCUGGUCCUGUGGGGACCCCUCUGGAUGCAUGCACGUGGCCAUCGCAUUCGUCCGUGGUCUGUCCGUCCGUCGAGGUGUGCUCAUAUCUGUGUGUGUAUCUCAGGAAUUAAAGCUCUGCACACCCAC